AUGUCGAAUGUAGAUGACCAGAGUGUUAAUAACAACCCAAAUAUUAUUAACGAGUCAAUGGAUUUUAUAAAUAAAGAUCAUGAAAGGACCAACUCUGCCCCUUUAACUGAUUUUACUUUUUCAAUAAUAAAUGAGCCUUCAAAUAAUGAACCUUCUGCACCUUUAAAAAAUUUAUCAAGAGAAAACUGGACCGAUUUCAAUACUCAAUCUCCUAAACUAGAAGAAAAACAAAUUUACCUUGGUGAUUUAACUAUGAAAGAUCAAAAUAUGUUACAAACGUCACGAGAAAUCAUAGAAGAUGAGUUUAUGCAAGAAGAUAAUAAUCCAGAUGGUGUACUUGGUGGUGGAGUAGUUGAAACUCCACCGAAUGAUGAUAAUAAUAAUAAUGCCGAACAUAAUAAUUAUGGUAGAGAAAAUCGUAGAUGGCGUGGUCGCCGUUCCCAAAGUUCUCAUACUGAUAAUAAUGAUAAAUCUGAACCUAAAGGUCACUUAAAUUUGCGUAAAUUAUCGGAUGCUGAAUUUCAAGCUUUGCCUUCUGGUUCACGUUUAUUUUUAGGAAAUUUAUCCACCCAUUCUACUUCGAAGAAAGAACUUUAUGAUAUUUUCUCACCUCACGGAGAAAUUUUACAAAUUUCUAUCAAGAAUAGUUUUGGUUUCGUUCAAUAUGAUAAUCCCGCAAGUGUGAUAAGAGCUAUUGAAAAAGAAAAUGGAUUAGAAGUUUCUCACGGUAAACCAUGGCAUCAUUCAUCAUCGCACGAAGGGGGAUUUAAACCUUCGGGUGGUAAUAGACAAGGAAAACAUUGGAAUAAAAAAGUAUAUAAAGAUAGUUGGCACCAAAAUGAUCAUCGACGUUAUGAUGAAUAUGAUCGCCGACCUAAUGAUUAUAAUAAUCGUCGUGCUUCUUAUGAUUCGAGAGGUGGUAAUAGACCUCCUCCUCGAGAUGAUAGAAAAUAUCGUCGUAAUUCUUAUCGUGAAGAUCAUCAUGAUGAACGUUACCCCCAUCGUUCAAAACCAUAUCGAAUCCCUUCAAGGGAAUUUAUUGAACGAAGACAAAGUCGUGAUAAUCAAUAUCGUUCUCAAUCUCAUGAUGAGCAUGAUGAUGAAUUUCCCUUGCCCCGUAGACAAGGAAAUGAUGUUCCGGAAUGUCAAAUUAUCGUUCUUGAAGAAGCGGAACGUGCUUUUCGUGAUGCAUCCAUUUCUGUACAUACCCUUCAUUUGUCUCGUAAACUUCAUAUUCAGGCUGUCAUUCGUCAAAUGAUCGUAGAAGGAGUACAUGCUGUUAUUUUUAUGGAAAGACACCUCGCUUUAAAUGGUCGAGUGAACAUGCAAAUCUUUGAUCAAACAAGAUUGAGAGACAAUGUUAAAUAUGAUGAAGCUGUUGGCCUUUUAUUAAGAACACGGAUAACACAACGACCUAGUGAUUUUAGAUCACCAGAUAAUUUGUUGUUUGGUGGACAACCAAAUAUACCCCAAACACAACAAACACAUUCAAUUGGUGGACAGCCAGCACCUACAGGACUUAAUUCAAUCUCUUUAAGUAAUGUCAAUUUCGCUGCCCUUGCAAAUCUUUUGGGAACUCUUCAACAACCUGCUGCUGCUGCAAACCCUUCUCCAAAUGUUCAACCAAUGUCUAUUAUUACACCUGGAAAUAUGCAAACUUCUCAACCUGGCUCGUUAACUCAGCAGCAACCAAAUUUUGAUGUACAACAAUUACUUAGACAACUAUCACCUCAAAAUGCUGGAAUUCCUAAUCCACCAUUUAUAACAGUGCCUUCACAAAUAACAUCUAAUUUAGGCCCACCUCCUUCAACUUUUAAUACUUCAAUAGUUGGUCAACCUACCAACACUAUAACUCCCAAUUCUCUCACGCCUAAUGUGAUACCUUUAACUCAACAUCAGCCUCAACAUAUUAAUCCUAAUAUGCAACAAUUUCAAACCCCUUCUAACGUAACAGAUAUCAUGUCCCAAUUUAAACAAUAUAGUACUCAACGAUAA